CUUAGACUAUGUUUCCGCCGGAAGUUUAUGCACUGUCUGUCAGUCAGCUGAUUUCAUGUUUGUUAUGUUGGUAGAAUUUCUUCGUGGUGAAAAAACCGCGUAGAAGUUUAAAGAUUAGUGUUGAUUUAUGUAGUGUAGUUAAUUUUAUGGUUUAGAUUAGUUGUUUUCACACCAUUAAACAAACAUGCAUUUUGUUCAGAAAUAUCUGGAAAAAAUUCCUAUGCCAUCCAUAAGUACAAAUGCAACUACUACCGGUAAAAAAUCCUCAAACAUUUAUCUCUACUGUAACUAUUACAGCUUUUAUUCUCAAAAGGUUCUCAUGAGCCUUUAUGAAAAAAAUGUGGAUUUUGAGCCGUUGAUAGUGGACAUAACCAAAGGAGAACAAUAUUCAUCAUGGUUUUUGGAUAUAAAUCCCCGAGGGGAAAUACCAGUUCUAAAAGUAAAAAAUGAAGUUAUUCCAGAUUCCACAAGGAUUCUAGAUUAUUUAGAAUAUUAUUUAGAUUCAGAACUAACACCAUUAAUAAAUGUCUCAACAGAUAGUAAAGUGAUAGAUAGUAUUAACAGAUUCCGUGACAUGUUGGAAGCACUACCAGCUGGCUUGAUUACAGUUGGCUCAUUUUUUCAUCCUCAUUUGAGUGGCACUCCUAAGUUACCAUUCAUACUGCCAGUGCGUGAAAUACUGAAAAAUGGUGACUUGAGCAAUUCAACUAACCUGAGGAAAUUGGCUGAAGAGAAUCCAAAAGCUAAAAGUAUAUUAUUAUACAAAGCUGAGAUACAAGACCGCAAACAUGAAAUAAUAACAAAUGAAGAAGAGUACACUAAAGUACUAAAAAUUAUAGAUCAAGUUAUGAGCCAAGUUGAAGAACAAUUAAAAAAGCAGCCUGAAGGUAACUGGCUGUGCUGUGAAAACUUUAGUAUUGCUGAUAUUAACCUUGCAAUUCUCCUUCAACGUCUAUGGGAACUUGGUUACGAAGACAGAUAUUGGGCAGCUGGUAAACGCCCUUUACUAGAAAACUAUUUCCAUCGUGUGAAACAACGAGAAUCUUUUAAAAAAACUAUACCUAGUUUACCAGUUCACCUAAAAAUGAUAGUUAUGUCACAGCCACCACUAUAUCUUGGGGCUGCUGGUGCUGCUUCCGUCAGCGUCAUUUUUGCAAUUGCAUAUGUCUUAAAGAAAAUUUUACGCUAAGUGAUUAAUUAGAAUUUGAGAUUGAGCAUAUACACCAAAUCGUAAUACAAAGUAAACUAGGUAGAAGUUGUUAUGUUUCUUUCAGAUUAUCGGUAAGCUACCUUUAUUUACGUGUUACAUACGAUAUUCAUAUCAGCUGUUAGAAAAACAUUCAAAGGUUUGUUUUUUUAUAUUUGUAAAGGUAUGUAAGCAAAAAAUGAUUUUCCUUUGGUGAAUUAGAAGAGGUUUUAUGGAUUUUUUAUCUAUCAGAGAAAAUUUGUACCUAUUUCAAGAAAACUCAAAAUUAAAAAUUGUACUUAAGACGAUGAUAGGUAUGGUACUUGAUAAAAAGGGUAUUUUAUAUUGUCAUGGGUUAUAUAAAUAUUGGCAACUUGAGAAAUCAAUUAUUAAAUUUUUAUUAUUUUCAGUACCCAUCUUUGAUCUGUUUAUAUAAGAACCCAUGUUUCAAGAAUGUUACAUGUAUUUACGUAAAUAAUAAGCAUUAGGCAUUUAAUUGGAUUAUAAUGAAACAGUAUUAUUUACCAUUGUUAGAUAUUUAAUAAACUUGAUAACACAAUUUUGCUUUUAUUCAUCAAUUAUUUUAUAAGUACAUGAUGAUGACAAUACCUUAAUUAUGCAAGGACUUGGUGACUGAAUCAGAAUAUAAAUUAGAUGUGACAUAAAUAAAAUCAACUUGAAAAAUGCAAAUUGCCAGAUUGUUAUGAAUAAGUUGUACUAUUCAGUUCAGCUUAUAUCUAUCCUAUAUAUAUAUUAAAUGAACGGGUCAAAUGCACAAAGGCUUAAAGUUCUUAAACAAACAUCUCUUAAAAAAUAUUUCAAUAAUUUAACAACCAUAAUAAUUAAAUGUAUAUGUAAAACAAAGACCAACCCAAAAAGUUGUGAACCCCAACCUGUGAAAAAUAAAACUUCCUAUACAUCUACUUAGUUUCUUCUUUGCCAUUUUCAGAGUCUUGGUUGGCAUUAAUUGGCAUGCCCAUAAAAUGUUUACCAUUUGUUGAACUCUUUUUUCUGUAAGUUGGUGUAGUGGACACAGGUUUGGUCUUAUUGUUGUAUUUAAAUAUGCCUUCUCCUGGCAGAUUGGGAUAGAUAUUUGGUAUGGUAUACCAUACCCUGUAAGUGACAAACCAAGUGAGUAUUGCUAUAACACCACUGAUGAACUUUUCCACCAUAAUGUGAUAGUACAAUAUAGUUGAAACUAACAUAACAUCCCACAACAAUUGCAGCAAAGCAAUGCCUAUUAAAAAUGCCCUUACAUAUGGUGUGUAAUUCUCAUAUGACACUUUUAAUGCACUUAGUUCAUCACUUGUAAUGUUUUUUAAAGGAUUUAUGCUGGCAGACUUGUCAUCAAUACUACGAGCAUACUUCUCAUCUCUUAUAUAGUCCUUUAUCCUUUCCCAACCAUUGAUAGCUUUUGCUUCUUCUAUCAUCACUAAACUUGAAUAUAUAAGAAUAAAACAAUGUCCAGAUAUAUCAAACCCAUUCCAAAAAUGUCCAUUCUUUAAACACAUAAUUUUGUUGUCAUAUAAUUUAGUGUUACAACGUCCAUAAUUUGUUUCUAUCAUAUUGAAUACAGUUGUCCAGGUAUACCAAAACACUGUAGCAACAAGUAAUCUUGACAAGUGUCCCAUUCCUAUUAUAUUCCUUUUCCCGCAGCAUGUUGUGUAUGACGUCAAGAAUACAUAAGGUAAUGUCAUGAACAGUGUCCAAAACCAUCCAAUCUUGACAAAAUAUUGAUUAAAAACAUUGUCACUUCUCGAAAAGUAUGUUUUCGGAAAUGUUAUCACAUCCGCAAUGAUGGAUAGUAAGAAGAGAGCACCUAAGUAAAUGGCUAUUUUUAAAUUGGUGUCAAAAAAUAGAAUCUUUUUACAUAUAUGCACAAUCAUCAAGACGAACACUUCUAGAAUUGAGGAUUCUUCGCGAGUUGGUUUGGUACCUUUACUUUCUAGUUGUUCAUUUUGAACUUUGUAGUUCAUUCGUGCGGAUUUAAAACUUCCUCGGCUUGUCAUGAUUCGAAGAUUUUCAUUUGCACGUUGUUUAGUUUCGAGUUAAACUUAUUUCUAAUGUAGAUACUUAUCGAAUAAAUAAAUGAUGAAUCAUAUCCAAAGUAAUAACUUUGUCGAAUAUAAUUAUAUUCAUAGAAUUAUAUUUUUAGAAACUCUUUUCCAACUGUUCAUAUCAGUGAAAAAUAUAAAAAACAACAAAAAGAUUAAACUCGUUGAAGUACUUUGUCAAAGUGAAAGUCACCAAAGUCAAAGUGACUUUAGUGACUGAUCACU